AUGGCAGGAAAAGAAGCUACUAUUAUCCUAUUAGAUAUGGGUAGUUCUAUGCAAUAGUAUUUAGGUGAUAGAGGAACUAAUGGUUAAAAAAGAAUCGAAAUAGCCGUUAAUUGCAUAAAACUCUUAUUAUAACAAAAAAUGUUUAAUACAAAGACUCAUGAAGUUGGACUUAUUUUAUUUGGUCUUAAAGAUGAAGGUGACGAUAAAAUUAUGUAUAUCAGAGGUAUAGGAAAGCCUGAUAUUGACUUUUUAAAGAAUGUUCAAGAUUUGAAAGAUUAUUAAUCUGAUGAAUGCGAAGGAGGAGAUAUUUUUGAAGCUAUUGAGCAAACAAUAGAUGUUAUUCAUGAUUACGUUAAAGAAAAAAAAUAUGAAAAGAAAAUUCAAUUGAUGACAGCAGGAUUUGGAAAAACCAGCUACAAGGAAAAAUAAAUAAUGGAUUUAAUUGAAAAGGCCAGAAAGGUUCAAACUAAAAUUAAUGUUAUUGGUUUUGACUUCUUAAAGAAAUAUAAUCCUGAAGAAAGCAAUACUGAUGUGUUGAAAAAAGACGAUGCUGCAUAAAAUACCAGAUAAAAUUUAAAUUAAAAGCUAUUCUCAGUUGUUAAAGAUGAAUUAGGUGAACAAAUUCAACUUUUCCCUUCAGAUGUUGCUAUUAAAAUUUAUGAGCAGUUUAGAACUCGUCAAGUUAAUCUUAGAUCAAAGUUUAAUGGUGAUUUGUAGCUUGCUCCUAAUCUCAAUAUAGCAGUGCAAAUGUUCACAAAAACUUCAGAGGAAAAACUCCCUGGCUUAAAAAUGUAUUCAUUAGCUGUUGACUUUAAUCCUCAUUGUGAAAGCGGAUAAAUCGAGCGUGAUGUAAUAAUGGCACUUUAAGAAGAUCCAAACUUGAAUCCUAUUGAUAAAUCUAACAUAACUAAGGCAUAUCAUUAUGGAAAAUAACUCAUUCCUGUUACUUAAGCUUUGGAGGCUUAAAUGAAUUAUACUUCAAAUCGUGAAUUGAAGGUUUUAGGUUUUGUAGAUUCCAAAAAAGUUCCAAGAUAGUCCUUUAUGGCUGGUGUAGAUAUUAUUAUUGCUAAUAAAAAUGAUUCUGUUGCUAAAAAAGGUAUUGCUGCUCUUUGUCAUAGUAUGAUCUAAACCAAUAAAUAUGCUAUAGCCCGUUAUGUAUGGCGUAAUAAUGGUGCUCCCAAGCUUUGCGUUUUGACUCCAUAAAUUGGUAAAGACUAUGAAUGCCUUUACAUGUGCUAAAUUCCUACUUCUGAAAGUGUCCGCGAUUUUUAGUUUAAUUCUCUCAAAGAAAGCACAAAAGAAUAACAAGAUUUAAUGGGAUCUCUUAUAGACAAAAUGGAUUUAAUGAAUCUUGAAGAUGGCGAAGAAGCAUUAUAGAUGAAAUACACUUUUAAUCCUACCCGUUAAUACUUUUAUUAAACUGUUUUCCAUCGAGUAUUUAAUCCUCCCGAUGCUGAUACUAAAAUUCCUCCACUUGAUCCUAAUAUCAGAGACUAUAUAACUCCUGAAAAGAAGGUUUACCCCAAAGCUGCAGAAGAGUUAAAGAAAAUAAAAGAGUCUUUCUAACUUUAAGAGCAAGAAAUUAAAGACGAAAUUUCAAAGAAAAUUUUUUGGUAAUAACUCUUUAAUCCUAACUAUCAAGUACCUGCUGCAAAUAUUAAUGCUCCUCAAGUCUAAAUUAAGAUGGAAAACGGCUAGAUGGAGUCAGAAGAUGUAGAACAGUAAGCUUAAAUUCUUGUAGAUGUAAAAGAAGAAUUAGAAAAUAUUCCUAUCUCAAAGAAAUUUGCUUUCGACGAUUAUAACAAAGACGAUGUAGUACGCAAGGUUUCAUCAGUAUCGCCUGUUGAUGAUUUCUUCAAGAUGAUGACAAACAAGCGCGAAGAUCUCGUUUCUGAUGCUAUAUCACAAAUAUAAGGUAUGAUAUCUCAGUUAAUAGAAACAAGUAUCCGUGGCUCUUAUUAUGAAAAAGCUCUUGAAUGUAUCAAAGCAUUUAGAAAAGGUUGUACUUCAGAAUACGAACAGUUAGAAGCACCCAAAUUUAAUAAUUUCCUUAAUACUUUCAAAGACAAGUUGUUAAAGUCAGAUUAAAAAGGAUUUUGGAAAAUGCUCAUAUAAUAAGGUAUAACUCUAAUUACAGAUAAAGAAAGCACAAAAUCUAAUUUUACCACUAAAGAAGCUCUCUAGUUUUUGCACUAAGAAGAAGAUGUCAUUUAAAAUAUACCUGAAGUAAGAAAAUAAAUCGAAGAUUAUGAUAUCAUGGACGAACUAGAAUGA